AUGCUUACAAAAAUUAUAAAAAAACAAUUUUCUUUAUCCUAACAUUUUAUAUAACUUGAAAAAUAAUACGGUUGUAAUAAUUACAGUCCCAUUCCUGUAGUAAUUGAUCGCGGCUAAGGUAUACAUGUCUAUGACUGUGAAGGAAAAUAAUAUAUGGACUUUUUAGCUGCUUAUUCAGCAGUAAAUUAAGGCCAUUGUCACCCCAAAAUAUUAAAAACUUUCAUUGAAUAGGCCUAGAAAGUGACAUUGACCUCCAGAGCUUAUUACAAUUCGAAUUUGGGAGAAUGCCAAGAAUUUCUAUCAAAUACUUUUGGAUAUGAGAAAGUACUUUUGAUGAAUUCGGGUUGCGAAGCCGGUGAAUCUGCUAUAAAAUUUGCUAGAAGAUGGGCAUAUACGAUAAAAGGAGUCCCCGAAAAUAAAGCAAAAGUGAUUUUUGCAAACGGAAAUUUCUGGGGAAGGUCAAUUGCAGCCUGCGGAUCAUCAGACGAUCCUUCAAGAUACAGAUAAUUUGGACCUUUUGGAGGUUUAGGUUUUGAAUUAAUAGAUUUUAAUAAUACUGAGCAAUUAGAACAGAAAUUUAUUGAAGAUAAGAACAUUGCUGCUUUUUUUGUUGAACACAUAUAAGGAGAAAGAGGAGUUAUAUUACCUUAAGAUGGAUAUUUCAAAAAAGUUAGAGAAUUAUGUGAUAAAUAUAAUGUUUUGUUAAUUAUAGAUGAAAUAUAAACUGGAUUGGGGAGAACUGGAAAAUUAUUAUCACAUCAAUGGGAUAAUAUUAGACCAGAUAUUGUUUUAUUGGCUAAGGCACUCACUGGCGGAUUUUAUCCGGUUUCGGCAGUUCUUACAGAUAAUGAGGUUAUGGAUUAAAUUAAUCCAGGAGAACAUGGAAGCACUUAUGGAGGAAAUCCUUUAGGUGCUAAAAUCGCUAUUACGGCAGUUAAAGCUAUUUUAGAAGAAAAAAUGGUAGAAAAUUCAUUAGAAAUGGGAAAAAUAUUCUUAUAGGGAUUAAAAAACAUCAAAAAACCGUUUAUUAAAGAAAGUAGGGGGAGAGGACUAUUUUGUGCUUUGGAAUUUCAUGAAGAUGAAAAAUAAACUGCUUAGAAAUUUUGCUAUAAACUUAAAAAUAAUGGACUUUUGGCUAAACCAACUCACGAAACUACUAUUAGAUUCUCACCACCGUUAGUUAUUAAUAGAUAGUAAGUCGAUUAGGCUUUAGAAAUUAUUAAAACAAGUUUAGAUUAAAUGUGA